UUUUAUUCAGUCACGUUGCCGGCAGAAUGGCAUUUUUUCAUCCGCCUCAGAUUCAAGAUAAUCCUACAGGAUGGGGACCAUGUGCUAUUCCAGAUCAAUUCAAGGAUAUGCCGUAUCAGCCCUUUGCCAAAGGAGAUCGGUUAGGAAAGGUCUCUGAUUGGACUGGGGCAACUUACCAAGACAAGAGAUAUCUUGGUAAAUACUCAUCUGCAUUUGGAGGAGGAGGCAGUCAGUAUGCCUACUACCAUGACGAAGAUGAGAAUAGCUUCCAACUUGUGGAUACACAGCGAGUACAGAAGCCAGUAUACCAGCGUGGCAGAAGAGUCUUUCAACAAAACAAGCAAAGGAGAGAGCGUGAGCGCCGAGCACAGCAGCAGGCCCAGGCUAACCUCCAGGUGCUCUCCAAGACACAGAAGAGCAGAGAGAGGGAUAGACAGAGGCUGUUGAGGAAGUGGCAGAAACAGUUUGGGAAACAGAUGCAAGAAAAUCGUAACAAGGCCCCUUUGAAGCAUCGUGAUGCAUCUGUACAAGUGAAAGAAGACUGGGAGGUGAUAGAAGACAUGGACUUCCCUCGCCUCACCAAAUUAAGUUUGCCUGGUAUAGAGGUUGGCGAGGAUCUGUUGAAAUGUGGAAGCAUGGAGUACUAUGACAAGACGUAUGACCGUGUUACCACUAAAAAUGAGAAAAGGUUGAAGCGUAUUGACCGAAUCUUCCACAAAGUGACAACUACUGAUGAUCCUAACAUAAGACAGCUUGCCAAGACCACCGGCAAUGUGUUUGCAACAGACGCAAUAUUAGCAACACUCAUGUGUUGUACCAGAUCCACUUACUCCUGGGACAUCAUAGUUCAACGUGUUGGCAACAAGUUGUUCUUUGACAAGCGUGAUGACUCUGAGUUUGACCUGCUGUCAGUGAGUGAGACGGCAACUGAGCCUCCACAGGAUGAGGGCAACAGUAUCAACUCACCUCGUAACCUUGCUCUUGAGGCCACUUUCAUCAACCACAAUUUCUCUCAACAAGUUCUUCGUAUGGGAGAGGAAAAGUAUUCCUUCAAAGACAACAAUCCUUUCGUCCAUGGAGAAGAUGAUGCAAAUGUAGCCUCAGUUGGAUACAGGUACCGUAAGUUCAGCCUGGGAAAUGACAUCGAGUUGGUGGCACGUUGUGAGCAUGAUGCUGUAAUGAUGGGUCCAAGUGGAGAUCUGCAAUACAUCAAUAUCAAAAGUUUAAACGAAUGGGAUUCAAGGUUCAGUGGUGGUGUUGACUGGAGGAGUCGACUAGACACUCAGCGAGGAGCUGUUCUUGCUACAGAACUGAAAAACAAUAGUUGCAAACUCGCCAAGUGGACUGUAUGUGCCCUUUUAGCAGGAUCUGACCAGCUUAAAUUUGGAUAUGUAUCCCGUCUACACCAUCGAGACACCGCCAAACAUGUGAUUCUAGGAACACAGCAGUUUAAGCCUACUGAGUUUGCUAACCAGAUAAACUUGAAUAUGGAGAAUGCAUGGGGUAUACUCCGAUGUAUCAUAGACACCUGUCGCAAACUUAAAGAUGGAAAAUAUCUUAUCAUGAAGGAUCCUAACAAGCCUGUCAUAAGGAUUUACAACAUCCCAGAUAGUACCUUUGAAUCUGAUGAGGAUGAUGAUGAUGAUGACGAUGAUGAUGAUGAUGACGAUGAUGACGACGAUGAAGAUGAUGAGGAUGAUGACGAUGAGGAUGAGGAAGAUGAAAAGAAAGAUGAUAAAAGUGGAAAGAAGUCUACCAAAGACGUUUAGAGAAGGGAUCUAAACUAUUGGUUAGUUUGUGAACAUACAACCAAUCCAAUCAAUCCAGUGAGUUGAACAGCUCUACUGAAGUGAAAGUGCUAACUGUUAUCUGCAUUACCAGAAGUAUCUUGUGUGAUUUCAUCCUAAAAAAUUGUGAUACACCAAAGUGUAUCUUGUAAACUUCACAAACACUUUGAACAUUAUUUCUUUUUAUAAUUGGACCCACUACCAGCUUAAAAUAAAUUUAUUGUGUAAAAGAUGAA